CGCCUGCGGGGAGUUGGGAGGGGGACCCUGAGGGCCCGUCCCUAUGGUUUGGCUGGGGUCCGUGUUUAUGGGCGGGGAUGGUGGCAGUGGUGGCCGCCAUUGGUGCCUCAGCUCCUGCCGCUACCGUACGUGUUCACUCUUUCUCCUGCAGGUCAAGAUGAGGGCUGGUGGAACAUCUGAAACCAAGGCUCCGAACGAUGAAGUUCAGCAGCUCCUCUUGACUGUCAAGGAUCAGGUGGAGGAGAAGUUGGGUCGGACGUUGGCAGAGUUCAAGCUCCUCUCCUACAAGACUCAAGUGGUGGCUGGACGAAACUACUUUGCCAAGAUUGACAUCGGCGAUGGUGAGGUGAUUCACCUGCGCGUGUACGAGGACCUCCAGCGGAGGGUGACCCUACACUCCGUGCAGGUCGAAAAGAGUCUCCAUGAUGACAUUUCUUACUUCUGAAGCCUCACCUUGGAAAUCCCAAAUUGUUUUCCAUCGUACCACUUUCUUCGGCAGCCUUGUCAACAAUGUGGCUAAUCCUCAAAAGUUUAACAAUGUGGCUAAUCCUCUAAAGUUUAUACCAUCAUUAAUUCCAAUCCCAACUAUUUCCAAAUUGCACAUUGAUUAUCUGACCUCGAAAGAAGAAGCGAUUGGAUAGCUAGUCUGAUGCACUAGACUACUGAAAACGGUUUAAUAUAAUCUUGAAGGAUAAAUGCACAUAGUUGAAUCUGUUACAUUGUUACACGUAGCUUAAGAAAAUGGUGAUUUAUUAUGAGUGUUUUGCUUUAGUCUUAGUUAUAAUGGUGAUGCACCAGUUGUUGUUCACAUGUGUUGAUAAAGUUAUAUGAUAGUGAAGACAAAAGUGACCUGUUAUUACCAUAUAGCAUCAACAGUCACUUUUUAUAAUUUUUAUAUAUCUUAAAUUUCUCAUUUAAACAUUUUAAUUUUGGCUUCAUAUUGUUAUUUAACCUUCUCCUUUUAGAAUACGAGUAGACUUUAUUACAUAUAUUUUUUAUAUUGGAAUUAGUGAAUAUUAAAGUAUGAAGUAUUAUAA